UUUGGCGUCAGAAAUAAACCACUGUUGAACGCGUCUCCAUAUCAACCGCGUUCUCCAUCUGAAUAUUGACUCCUUGCUAUCACAAGCCACACCAAACCUGGCGGCUACAAGAACUCCAAAUACAAUAUGAGUCGCCAAAUUGAGCAAGCGCUGCUCUCAUUAAUGCCAACAUAUGGCUCUGAUCUACCUCCAGCUCUCGUUGAACUUGCAGGUUCUUUGCUUGCCCAGUCUCGGCAUCAAGCAAGUACCCUAAAGGCAGAUGAAGAGAUUGCUAGAACAUAUGCUUGCGCAAACAUUGCGUGUGAUCGCCUAAAAAUCACUCUUGAUCUUCCGCCUAUCGAACCGAGACCACCAAUUCCUCCUCGUAUCUACAAGCGUCUCUACACUCAUCUUGAUAACAUUCUGCGCGGCAACUCAACUCCUACAAGAGCUACUCCAGGACGAACAAGAACACCGGGUUCAAGAUUCCGUGAUGCCGAUAACUCACCCGCCUCUGGCUCACGACCACUACCAUCAAGAGCAACACCAACAAAAGAACAAAGUUUAGCGCAGUUCAGGACACCAACAAAGGGGGCUACUGGUACACCGACAAAAUCUAUUCGCAAGAAGGAAGCUUUCGCCGGAGUUAAUCUUCAUGCAUGGAUUCAACCUACCACAAGAUGGGUAUGUGCAGAAACUGACCACAAGAAGCUGGCUCCUACGAUUUUGGCUGGCAUGGAGAACAUCAUAACACCUGCAGGUCGACGAACAGAUGACGAGUGGGUUCUGCAGAAUCUCACGGCUUUGUUUGCCGCUAUCUACUUUUUCGUAACUAUGCGGGUCAAAGCUCUUGCUUCUGGCGAAGGUAUUGACAGGGAAGGAUAUGUCCCUCUCCGAAAAGAGAUCCUUGCUCUACUUGCCAGAGCACGAAAUGAAGUUAUAGUUAAGGAUCUGGCGGGGGAGGAUGCUUGGGAAGGUUGGUCGACCGUCAAGUCCAAGGAUUUCGACGAUGCGGUUGCUAAAGUCAACGAACGAGCAUGGCUCACGGGUGACUGGUAUCAAGGAAUCGCAGAUGUCGUCAAGCUGUCCCAAAGAAGCCACCUCGAGGACGUCGAGAUGCAGGAUGAGGAGACGAUCCCAAAGAUGCAAAUCAAAAAGGCAGACACCAUGUUUCAAGACAAGUACGACUUUCUCAGCGAGGCGAAACGGACAAAGUACAUGCACUGGAAGGAAGAUAUGUUCGCCAAAAUUGCUCUAUCGACAACCCAAGGUGCUGCCAUGGAGGUAGAUACAUAGUGAAGUGCUAAGCCCUGCUUUUCACCCAAGAAUUAUAGGAAUACGAAUUAUUCUCUUCAUUUCCUAAACAUAGAAGAUCCAUCAAAAUCAUUGUCUACUCAACAUGAAUCCGUUUACUUAGACGAUCGAGCUCGCUUCUGGAAGCCUCCGUUCUGGCCAUCGCCACCACCGAAGCCUUGGCCGGGGCCAGCAACGAAGGUUGGGAUAGCACCUCCAGGCUGGCUUCCGCUGCCGCUACCGGCUCCUGGGGUCUGAACGGGAGUCUCAGGGACACCGGGGGUGUUGUUGUUACCGCCACCCAGGCCAGCACCGGGAGUAGGGGUAGCGACGGGACCGUUACCACCGCCGAAACCGUUACCAGGUCCAGCGACGAAGGUAGGAAUGACACCGCUGGGCUGAGUCUGAUCACCGCCAGGGAGGUUGCCGUUUCCGUUGUCGUUUCCACUGCCGUUUCCACUGCCGUUUCCGCUGCCGUUUCCGCUGCCAGGUUGAGUGAGGUCACCUCCGGGUGAGCUUCCACUGCCGGGUGUCUGGACGGGAGUGUCAGGGCUGCCAGAGUUGCCCCCCUCACCGAAACCAUUGCCAGGUCCAGCGACAAAAGUAGGAAUGGUACCACUGGGCUGGCUUCCACCUAGACCACCGCCAGGCUGGUUUCCGCUGCCAGGAGUCUGAAUGGGAGCGCUAGGGGUGCCAGGGCUGUUACCCUCACCGAAACCGUUUCCUGGUCCAGCAACGAAAGUAGGGAUGACGCCGCUGGGAGCAGUGCCUGGGCCCUCGAGUCCACUGCCUGGGGUAGGGACAAGAGUGGGAGCGACAGGAGCCUCAGUGGCAUCGCCGUUUCCUCCAUUUCCACCGUUUCCUCCGUUACCACCAUUGCCUCCCUCGCCGAAACCGUUACCGGGUCCGGCAACGAAAGUAGGGAUGGCACCGCUCGGCUGGCUUCCACUGAGGCCGCCACCGUUUCCACCCUCAGAGUUACCACUGCCUCCAGGGGUCGAAGGUGAGUCUUGGUUGCGAGAUCGACCACGGCCUCGGAAGCCACUGGAUGCACCUUGUACACCACCGGUGCCCGGAGUUUGAAUAGGAGCAGGGACAGAAGCAUCACCGCCGGUGUUGCCAUCAUUUCCUCCAGGCAGACCACCGCUUGGAGCUGCGGCGGGGGGAGUAUUGGUGUUACCGCCACCGCCGAAGAAGCCACCUCCGUUACCACCGUUGCCUCCGUUACCUCCUCCAAAGAAUGGGAGGUUUCCAAGGCCGGGAAUGCCACCACCACGGCCGCCACCAAAGAAGCCACCGCCAGUGCCCGGAGUGGUAGCAGGAGCAUCGUUACCACUGCCGCUGCCGGGCAAGUUGAAGCCACUGCCAGGGGUUGGGAUGGCACCUCCGUUACCGCCUCCUAGGCUGGGAAGACCAGAAGGAAUGAGGCCAGAGCCACCACUGGGAAGGACAGUAGGGAGAGCACCGCCGAGACCAGCACCGGGUGUUUGGGCAUCGCCGCCGUUGCCAAACUGUGGGCGAGGUCGGGCCAUGGCCGGAGAAGAAAGGGCCAAAGCCAAAGUGACAAGGUUAAGGACAGCCAUUUUGAUCUUAAAAGAAGGAUAUAAUGUACUUGAAGGAAAUAAAAAAGAGGGAAAAGAUCGUGAAAAAAGACUGACCACAGAUGCCUGCAACUGAAAGUCUAGUGAUGAAAUAAAAGAGCGAAGGAAAGUGGCGAUGGAGAGAACCAGAAGCUGAGCAGAAACAUCAGAGAAACGGACAUUUAUAUACAAUGUUCCUCGAAACUAAAACAUGGGACGGUCGUUAAAGCCUCUCAACUACUCCUAUUACCGAACGUAACCCAGAACUCGCGUAG